ACAGCGAGAGAGGGAACACAAGCAGGGGGAGUGGGAGAGGGAGAAGCGGCUUCCCGUGGAGGAGGGAGCCCGAUGCGGGCCUCGAUCCCAGGACUCUGGGAUCAUGACCUGAGCCGAAGGUAGACGCUUGAUGACUGAGCCACCCAGGCGCUCCUGCUUAUUGCAUUUUUAAAAGGCUAUGUUUAGUUUAUAAGCUGAGAUCCAGUAGCCGUGACACAAGGUGAUUGUGACCAUGAUGCGAGGACAAAAGUGAAGUUCCUGGAGAUAGUGCUGGCAAAGAUACGAGGUAACGUGCACAAAGCCACCUGUUGCAGAACUGUAUGUAAUGACAGUAGGCUGGAACAACUCUCCUGUCUGUUGGUAAGGAACUGGUUGAACAAACUGGUAAAUCUACAUAGCAGCAAUAAAAAGUGAGGAAAGACUAUAUACUGUUAUGGAGAGCUCUCCAGCAUACAUCAAGUGAAGAAAGUACCAGAACAGAAUGUGUAAUAUGCUACCUCAUCCAAGAGGUGGUACGUGAUCUGUACAUUUGUAUUUUAAAAAUAGAUAAACCAAAGAUGAAUGGAAAUUGAUAUCACUGGGGUGGGGCGAUAUGGAGGGAAGCCAGAUUUCUCCGAGCAUAAACUUGGUUUCCUUUGACACCGUAUAAAUAAAUAUCUUACAUAAUUGCAAAACCGUUGCAAUUGGAAAUUGGGACCGUAGGAACUCAGUAAACCUUCAUUUUCUUCCAUUCUUUACCUUCAGACAUCAUGGAUAAGGGAUUUGGAUCUUAUUCCUAUUUUUUUUUUCAUUCUCAGUCCUUCCAGACCUGACUUCCAUCCCAUUUAAAUCUGUGUUCAAAGACUUACAGUAAUUAGACCAAAUCCAAUGGCCUUCUUUCUGUUCUUCGUUGCAUUUAAUCCUCUGAUACCGCCCUUUUCCUAAAGCUCUUUUUCUGGUUUAUGUGCCUGUGAACUUUCCUGAAGUCUAGGCAAAAAGUGAAAAAGGUGAGCCUGCCCCUCGUUCUCUUGCAUCGUUCUCGUUCACGUAACCUGAUGGCUACGAGACCCCCGCGGGUGGCAGCUGAGUAAUACAAAGACGAGCAAGGCAGUUCUGUUCUGCUCUUACCGAGGGAGUAGGCCGACACCUACAAGAUUAUUAUGAAACAAAACAUUUUGAGAGCAUGAGGAAGGGUAUCUAACCGGGUAUGAAAGUCCAGGAAAAUUUCCUGGGAAAAAAGUGAUACAUUUGCAUGUAAUCUUAAAGGAAGGGUAGAAGUUUGCCAGGGGGUGAAAGGGAAGCUCAUUCCAGAUGGACGGGGUGUUUCUGAGUGGAAGCAGAGAUUGCUGGAUGGCACAGUAGAUAAUGCCCCAAAUUGGGUGUCAGAGCUAGCUGGGGGACUCCCUGCCCUUUGUCCCAGGGCGGAGAACCUGCUUCGGGCCGGAAGCUACUGGCUCAGGAAUUCUUGCCGUCCAGGCUCUGCUUAGCAGCCCAAAGUGCUGAGGGAAUUCCCACGUGAGCGCCACUGUCACGCACACUGUUUGCAGGAAGCUGCUGUCCACGAGAGGAAGCCACAGUGGGAAUUUAAGCAAGGGAGUGACAGGUUUGCAGUUUGGAAUGGCGGGAGCAGUGGGGAGAAAAGGUCUGAGAAGACUGGGGGCAAGGUGCCAGGUUGGCCAUUUGGCAAUAAUGCGGGUGAGCGAUGAAGUCCUAAAGGAGGGCUGUGAUUGGAGCCGGGAUGGAGAGGAAGGGAUAUGUCGUCGGCGAGGUAUUUAAAGGGCAAAAUAGCAGGAUGAGGAGUCAGAGUGGAUGUCGGGAAAUGAAAGGGAGAGUGCAAUCAGCACGAGAGUAUGCGGCAGGAAGAAUUUGGGGGAGCGGGAUGGAAAUGAGCUGCGCUCCGCAGUUGCUUGGCUGCGGUGGGAAGCGGAGGUCCCGGCGCUGGGAAGGCGGCCCGGCCAGCAGCUGGCUCCCGCGGGGCCCCGGGCGCCGCGCCAGGCGGUGCGAGGCUUUGCCUCAGCCUGCGUGUCCUUUCGGCCUCCACGGCGUCUGUCCCCUGAACUGACUUCCAGCUGAUCCUCCGCGAGGACGUCAGGGACGGCUACCCUGGAGCCCAUGAUUUCCGGCUGGGUUUUUCACCUAAGCGCCUGCGUGGUGUUUUCGGCUGUUACCUGAGAGACGGCGCGCGGACGACUCCACAGCGUCACAGAGCGCGUUCGUGCCUUUGCGGAAUUCCCGCCUUCUCCCGGCCGAGCCCCCGUUGCCGCAGGCGCUCACGCCCAGAAUCUCUGCGCUCUCAUUCAGUCAGCACUAAUUUUGGAGUGCCUCCUCCAGCCGCUGAGUUUGACUCCCCCCGCAGCUCUCCCCCCCACCCCGCAGCUCUCCCCCCCACCCCGCAGCUCUCCCCCCCCCGCAGCUCUCCCCCCCCCGCAGCUCUCCCCCCCCCGCAGCUCUCCCCCUCAGCCCUACCCACCCCCAGCUCUCCCGCCCCCACCCCCGCCCCGGCUGUUUCAGACGCCUGACUACAUUGCUCCUAUAUUUCUUUACCUCACUUCACACAUCUGUUUGUUACCAAACCAGGGUUUUUCAACUACGUUUUUUAUUAUUGCCCCCUCCCACCCCCACCACGAGACAUUGUUUUCAAAUUACCCUCCCCCAUGCAUGAAAUUUUAAUAUCACAGACCUGCUGUAUAUCUGUUUAUGUACUAGGGCCCUUUGGGGGGGACACAAACCACUGUUGUAGCUAAGAUUCCUGCCGCCCCAAACUAGUUUUUGACCGCUGGGCAGGGGGUGAUGCCACCCCUAUUAAGAAUUCAUGCUCUAGACCAGGGGUCCUUAAUAUUUUAUGGGCCACAGACAGCUUUGAGACUAUGACAAAAACUAUGGACCCUACCCAAGAAAAAGACAUAUUUGCAUAUGUAUUCAAUAUCCUGAAGCAAAAAUUCCACAAGGUUCAUGGAUCCCAAUCUAAGAAUCCCUGUAUUACACUGAACCCUUAAGGGAUCUCAUUCUUUUUUUUUUUUUUUUAAGAUUUUAUUUAUUUGAGAGAGAGAAUGAGAUAGAGAGCAUGAGAGGGGGAGGGUCAGAGGGAGAAGCAGACUCCCUGCUGAGCAGGGAGCCUGAUGCGGGACUCAAUCCCGGGACUCCAGGAUCAUGACCUGAGCCGAAGGCAGUUGCUUAACCAACUGAGCCACCCAGGCGCCCCAGGAAUCUCAUUCUAUUAAACUAUCUCCCGAGAGUAUUGGAAGGUGCCUGGGAUAUACAAUAAUAAUUGUAAAAAUAAUAACAGCUAAUACUUACUGAACUCUUACUAAUAGGCCAGGUCCUCUCCUAAGGCCUGCAUUAUCCUCCAUUAAUCCUCAUAACAAUCCCCUGAGGUAGGUUUUGUUAUUACCCCCAUUUUAAGAUCAGGAAACUGAUACUAAGUUACUUGACCAAGGUCACAUGCUAAGAAAUGAGAGAUGCAGUAAUUGAACCAAGAUCUGCCUGAACCCUAGAGCCAAUUGCUGCAGUCAUAUUAUACUAUAUUAUAUUUACUGAAUAGAUACUUGUUGAAUGAAUGUUUUCCUUUGCUACUUGUCAGGUUUUUAAAAAAAAGAUUAUUUAUUUAUUCAUGAGAGAGAGGCAGAGGGAGAAGCAGGCUCCCCGAGGAGCAGGGAGCCUGAUGGGGGACUUGAUCCCAGGACUCUGAGAUCAUGACCUGAGCCGAAGGCAGACGCUUAAUCGACUGAGUCACCCAGGCACCCACUUAUCAGCUUUCUUAUAAGAUAUUCUCUCUUUAACCGGGUUAUAAACUCCUAAAGGACAGGAGCUUUUUUUGUGCGUCACUUGUUAGCAUCUCUCCCUGGAACUUUAUGGUAUCUUAGAGGUGCUGUCAUUGACCCUGUUUUGUCCCUUUACUCUCCCCAUCCUGACAAUCUCAUGUGUUUAGAGUGUGGUGGGUAGAAGCAGUGAUGGAAUGCAGGGCGGCGGCUGAUGUGAAGUAGCCAGUUUGUUGGGUAAGUGGGCAAAGUGUACCAGGAAGUUUUAUAAGGCAGUGGUUAAAAACCCUGGAAAGCUCUAAAACCCAGAGCUAUGAAGCCAGAGACCUAGAUACUGUAUGAAUCUACUUCUAUGAAACUCUAGAAAAGACAAAUCUAAUGUAUGGUGACCAAAAGGAGAUCAGUGGUUGCCAGGGAUGGGGAUAUUGACUGCAGAGGGGCAAGGGCAUUUUUGGGGGCAAAGGAAAUGAUCUUGAUCAAGGGGGUGCUUACAUGGGUGUUAAAACCCAUUGUUAAAUUAAAACCCAUUGUUAAACCCAUUGUUAAAACCCAUUGAACUGUAUGCUUUAAAUGGAUGCAUUUAAAAAAAAUUUUUUUUUAAAUAUUUUAUUUAUUUAUUUAUUUGACAGAGAGGGAACACAAGCAGGGGGAGUGGGAGAGGGAGAAGCAGGCUUCCUGCCGAGCAAGGAGCCCGAUGCGGGGCUCGAUCCCAGGACCCUGGGAUCAGGACCUGAGCUGAGAGCCACCCAGGCACCCCAAAUGGAUACAUUUUGAAAGCAUCAGGGCUCUGAGUCUAUAUUGCCUAGGUUCCAAUCCUAGUUUUGCCACUUCUGAGUUGUGUGAUUAUAUCAAGUUACUUAGGCAUUCAGGGCCUCAAUCUCAUCAUCUGUAAAUGGUGAUUAUCUCAUAAGGUUAAUGGGGAGGUGGGUUGAGUAAUGUGGUCAGUAUAAAGUGGUCAGAAAAGUGUCCAUGUCAGGUAAAUGCUCAUCAUCCCUACAUACCCACUUACCACCUCCUGGGCCAUAGUCUUAUUUCCCCCUCUUAAUAUAAGCUGUUGUGGAAAAGAGACAAAACAUGGGGCAACUCUCAGUAGGCAAUUGACUUAUAUUCCUUCAAAUAAAUUCUUUUUUUUUUUUUAAAGAUUUUAUUUAUUUAUUUGAGACAGAGAGAAUGAGAGACAGCAUGAGAGGGAGGAGGGUCAGAAGGAGAAGCAGACUCCCUGCCGAGCAGGGAGCCCAAUGCGGGACUCGAUCCUGGGACUCCAGGAUCAUGACCUGAGCCGAAGGCAGUCGCUUAACCAACUGAGCCACCCAGGAGCCCGAAUUCUUUCUUUUUUUUUUUUUUUAAGAUUUAUUUAUUUAUUUAUUUGAGAGAGCGAGAAUGAGAGAGAGUGCAUGAGAGGGGGGAGGGUCAGAGGGAGAAGCAGACUCCUCCCUGAGCAGGGAGCCCGAUGCGGGACUCGAUCCCGGGACUCCAGGAUCAUGACCUGAGCCGAAGGCAGUUGCUUAACCAACUGAGCCACCCAGGCGCCCUCCUUCAAACAAAUUCUUUACCUAUUAGUUCAACACUCAUAUUUAGUGGGAGUAAGCAGACAUUUAUCACAGGCACUAAAGGUAAUAAUCUUUAACCUAUUUGGAAUGCUCUUUCAUUAAGUGUUUACUUAGUGGAUCCCGGGGAUAUAGCGUAAAUAUGCCAGAGGAGGUCCUUGCUCCCUUAGAACCAACAAUCUAAGUAGGAGAAGGCAAAAAUUAAAAAAGUAAAUAAAUAAUAAUUUUAUAGAGGGAUAUCUUGUAAGAAAAAACAACAAAGCAGGAUGAUAGGAUAGUGACUGGGAAGGGGGAGCGUCAUCUGAAGAGGCGACUUUUUAGUGAAGGCAUGCAUGAUACGGCAAAGAUCUGGGAGAAGGGAGUCCUAGGCAGCGGGACCCCCCAGUGCCAGGGUCCUCUGCGGCAUCUGCACUGGGCAUGUUGCGGGCACAGCAGGGAGACCAGUGAGGCGGAAGCAGAGAUAUGAGGAAGAAGGUUGGGGAGGCAGGUGGGGCCAGAUCCCACAUGGCCUUUUAGGCCUUGAUUAGGAGUUCGGAUAGAAUUCUUCGUACAGUGGGAAGCCACUGGAGGAUUUAAAGAAAGGGGAGUGGUAAAAUCUCGUUAAAACUUUCUCUAAAAAUUGCAGUUUAACAUAUUCAGAAAAACACAUAGGUCUUAAGUGAAUUUUUACAUAUGUACUACCCCCCACAGCCCUUUAACCACCCUUUAGAUCAAGAUGUUAGUACAUUUCCAGCACCCAGAGGGCUCCCUUGUGCCCCUUCACAAUUUCCAUUUCCUGGUGGUAGCCUCUACUUUCUCCAUCGCUGUAGAUUAAUUUGCUUGUCCUUGAACUUUGUAUAAAUUGAAUCAUAUAGUAUGUAUCUUUUUGGUUCAGCUUCUUUUGCUCAGUCUUUUGUUUGUGAGAUCUUUUUAUCCCGUUGCAUAUAGUAUUUCAGUCUCUUAAAAAUUUGUCAUGUGGUAUUCCCUAUAUGAAUAUACCACAAUUUGUUUAUCUAAGUUUAACCAUUCUUUGGCUGAUAGACGUUUGAAGUUUUUGAAUAUGAUGAAUGAAGCUGCUAGGAAAAUACCCAUGCCUGUCUUUUUUGUGGGACACACGCACUCAUUUCUCUUGGGAGAGUAUCUGCUGGAUCAGAUUUGAUUUUAGAGGAUCACCCCCACCACUGAGAAUAAUGGGUUUUAACAGAGCAACAUUGGAAGUAGGGAAAUCAGUUAAGAGGCUGCUGUGGCAAAGGAUAAGAUGAUGGUGGGUUAGACUAGGGGGUAGUGGGGAAGUGACAGAUUUCAGGAUAUAUUUUGAAAUGGGGCUAACAAGACUUGAUAAAGAAAGGAAACAAGGAUAAUUCCAAGGUUUCUGGCCUGAACACCUUGGUGAAGAGUUAAGACCUCAUUCGGAAGCUUGUUUACACAUACCACAUUUGAAAUGCUAAGGAGGUAUCCAUGCAGUGAUAUUGAGUUGACAGAUGGGAGAUUUUGAAUUUGGGCUUGGUGGAAAGGUCUGCAAGUCCAAGACUGUCGGAGCUGACAAGUGAGGAUAGAGCAGGUGGAAGGGGGAAAGGGGCCGGGACUGACACCUUAGGAACUCUUAUGUUAAUGGACUCAGCAAAGAGACAAUGAAGGAGUAGCUGGUGGGGUGCAUGGGUCUGUGGUUCCUGGGAAAAAUGAUCAAGUCUUUCCUCAGAACUGGAAAAAUAUAUACAACCUUUCUCUCUAUGACUAUAGGAUUUCUAUUUUAGCAAGUAAUGGAUGAGUGGAGAGUAUGCAAAGUCACCUUAAAGAGAAGAACCAGCUCCCUGCCAGCAAGAAGAUUUGGCUGUAACCUAAUUGAAAAUAUUAACAUAUUUAAAUAAAGUACCAAGCUGAAGAGAGGUCAGCAAUGGAAGCCUAGUAAAGGGAGAGUCCCUGAGGCCCAUGCGGGCACAGACUUUCUAAAUACCAUUCUGGAAACAGUGCUUUAGCCAACAGAAUUAGAGUAGUCCAGGAGUUACUGGCAAGGCUGCCCAUAGAAUAGAGAUGGGGGUGGAGAAUUGUAGCCAAGAAGAGUUUUCUGAACCCAUUGGCACGACUCCUUACUGGGGAUGGCUGGAUGCCAUUAAAGAUAAAAAUAUUCCUGUUCAGUUAUGUCAUUGUGCAUUUAUAUGUUGACAUUCUGAUUCUAAUUUGGCUUAAAGAAGAGAAUGUGCUGGAUAUGAGUCUGAGCAACAGGAAAAUUUCUCAUGGUAAAUUAAUACUUCUGUAUCAUGGCUUCGUAUUUCAGUAGACUGUAAACUUCAUUGGCACAGUCAAGUAUUUCCAAGAUGUAGCUUUGAAGUCUGUGAAACCCAGGCCCACAGCCCUAUGAAAAAUGACAUAACGGGAGCCAUUUUUAAAAUUGAGCCCGAACAGUCAUUUCAGCGGAACUGCCUUGCACAUCCUGUUUUCUAAACCUCGAACUGGGCCAAACUGCCAACAGUCCAAGACAUCCACAGGAACGAAAAAAAUCUCCUUUGAAAAAACUGAUAAAAGUGAACUUUUGCCUAGUGACCACUUCACAUGACCAGUCAAUGAAGAAUCUAGCCCUGCUUAUCAGCACCAAUGAACCUCUUUUUAAAAGCAACUUAUCUAGGGAUCCCUGGGUGGCUCAGUUGGUUAAGCAUCUGCCUUCGGCUCAGGUCCUGAUCCUAGGGUCCUGGGAUCAAGUCCCACAUCAGGGCUGCUUGCUCAGCAGGGAGCCUGAUUCUCCCUCUGCCUGUUGCUCCCCCUACUUGUGCACUCUCUCUCUGACAAAUAAAUAAAUAAAUAAAUAAAUAAAUAAAUAAAAUCUUCAAAAAAAUAAAAGCAACUGAUCUAAUCUUCCUUUUUUCCCCAAUAAAAACCCUGAGUCCACCUCCUGUAAUUGGGACACUGUUUGGGUUUCAACCUAAGUCUAUGUACACUGAAUUGCAAUUCUUUGAUCCGAAAUAAACACUUUGCCUUUUGAACUGGUUUCUUGUUUUUAGACUGACAUUCCUGUUAGUGGUACAUUCAACACUGCAAAUCCCACCUGGAGCUCUCUUAGGACACAGCCUGCCAGGCCUCUCCAUGUACCAUGUUUCCGCAUUCUGAAACCUCCAUGUUUAGUAAGGUAGAAUCACACACUAUUAGAGCUGAUGCAGCAUCUAGUCCAAGCGCACCAUUUUCCAGAUGAGAAAACUGAAGUUCACGGAGACAGAGAACCUGAGCAAGAGCCCACAGCUUACCGAAGUGAGAACCCAGGUCAGAGCCUCUAGUCAGUGCUCUGUCCAAAAUAUCCUAAGCCCUCACCUAGAAUAGGUAGACACAUUCAGUAUAUAUAUAUCCCAAACCACAAGGUUCACCUAACCAGCAGGGUCAGUCACCAAGUGGUAUGUCUGGGAUCUCUGAGAAUUGUAGCCAAGAAGGCAGAUGCUUAACCAACUGAGCCACCCAGGGAUCCCUAGAUAAGUUGCUUUUAAAAAGAGGUUCAUUGGUGCUGAUAAGCAGGGCUAGAUUCUUCAUUGACUGGUCAUGUGAAGUGGUCACUAGGCAAAAGUUCACUUUUAUCAGAACUGAAACCAGUUCGUUCCUUCCUGCCCCAGAAGCAGAAGUGUGUGUGUAUGUGUGUGUGUGUUAAAAGGAAUUGGAUGGAGCAUCGAGGGAGUCCCUUUUUGAGUCAGUGGAGCAAAUGAAUAGAAGGGUUAAUGUCCAGUUGGUUAGGCCUGUAAAUCCCCCUCAGCUUCUUCCCCUACUCACCUCUGCUGCCACCAACUGAAUGGAGGAUGGGAGGUCUGCAUUGGAAAUAAAAAAUCAGGGCUGUUUCUGUUUCUGGAGAAAGAUGGCAGGGAUCUAUCCAGGAGUCUUACCUCUGGCAGGUCAGGAUUAAAAACCUUGCUAUUCUUGCUUUCUCUAAAAUGGCCAGGUAAACUUGGAUUCUGAGCCCUCCGGAUUGCGGAGAGGGUCGUGGGAAAGGGGUAGGGCUGGGAGUAGUGGAGAAGGGGAAGAAGGGAGGUGCUUUGGAGGGAGAGAGAACCCCUGAAAUUCCUGAGGCCUGCCAUCCUAGGAAUGGGGCGCUGAGAAAGGGGCUGCCUUGUUCCGCACCUCCCUUUCUGUCUUCCCACUAGUCUUCCUAACAUUACUCUUCUUUCCUUAGUGCCUUUCAUCUUUUAUUAGGAACGGGUUGGGGAAGGGCUGUGUGUCCUCUCCAGCUGUGUCUGUGACAACCCCCUUGGCCCCUUCAUCGUUGCCCCCUGGUGCCCCGAGGCCCUCCCCAUCCUCUUUUCUUCUGCCGCUCCCCACCCCCCCAACAAUGGUCUCUCCCGGUGCUCAGUGGCGCUGGGGGGCGGGGGGGAGGGAAGAGGCGGGCGGAGGCGGGGCCGGAGCGUGUAUGGGGGGGCAGGUCUGCAUUGCCGCUUUCCCUGGUACCCGGAGCAGUCGACGCUGCCGCCAGCCCCGCGCCCGGGACCCCCGCCCUCACCCGGGACUCCCUUCCCCGCGGCAUCCAGGCCAGAUCUCCAGAAGCUUCUAGAGAAGAAGUAGGCGGCCUUUCCUGAGUUAUCCUGGCUCCCCAGCUUAGCCCCCAUAACCUGGCUCCCCCUUUCCUUCCUAUUCCCCUGCUCCCCCUCUCCCCUCCCCAUGUAUCCAACUGAAUUGGCCAGAACUGCUCUCCCUCCUUUCCCCUCCUAGACAUCCCUAUUUUCUCCUAUUCCGUGCCCAGAGAUAUUUGAACACACUUCAUCUAAAUAACUGGGGGAAGGAGACUUUCUGACUUCACAAGUCCUUGAGCAAAAUCUGAAUAAGGAGCAGGGAGUGACGGAAACCUAGUGAAGCAUUCCCAAAGACUCAUCAUGGAAGAAGGCUUCAGAGACCGGGCAGCUUUCAUCCGUGGGGCCAAGGACAUUGCCAAGGAAGUCAAGAAACAUGCGGCCAAGAAGGUGGUGAAGGGCCUGGACAGAGUCCAGGAUGAAUAUUCCCGUAGAUCCUACUCUCGCUUUGAGGAGGAGGAGGAUGAUGAUGACUUCCCUGCCCCUGCUGAUGGCUAUUACCGUGGGGAAGGGGCCCAGGAUGAGGAAGAAGGUGGCGCAUCUAGUGAUGCCACCGAGGGCCACGAUGAGGAUGAUGAGAUCUACGAGGGGGAAUAUCAGGGCAUCCCCCGGGCAGAGUCUGGGGGCAAAGGCGAGCGGAUGGCAGAUGGGGCUCCCCUGGCUGGAGGGAGGGGGGGCUUGGGCAAUGGGGAGGGCCCCCCUGGUGGCCGGGGGGAGGCACAACGGCGUAAAGAACGGGAAGAGCUAGCUCAGCAGUACGAAGCCAUCCUCCGGGAGUGUGGCCACGGCCGCUUCCAGUGGACACUCUACUUCGUGCUUGGCCUGGCGCUGAUGGCUGAUGGUGUGGAAGUCUUUGUGGUGGGCUUUGUGCUGCCUAGUGCUGAAAAAGACAUGUGCCUGUCAGACUCCAACAAAGGCAUGCUAGGCCUUAUAGUCUACCUGGGCAUGAUGGUGGGAGCCUUCCUCUGGGGAGGUCUGGCUGAUCGGCUGGGUCGGAGGCAGUGUCUGCUCAUCUCGCUCUCAGUCAACAGCGUCUUCGCCUUUUUCUCAUCUUUCGUCCAGGGUUAUGGCACUUUCCUCUUCUGCCGCCUCCUUUCUGGGAUUGGGAUCGGAGGGUCCAUCCCCAUUGUCUUCUCCUAUUUCUCGGAGUUUCUGGCCCAGGAGAAGCGUGGGGAGCAUUUGAGCUGGCUCUGCAUGUUUUGGAUGAUUGGUGGAGUGUAUGCAGCUGCUAUGGCCUGGGCCAUCAUCCCCCACUACGGGUGGAGCUUUCAGAUGGGGUCGGCUUACCAGUUCCACAGCUGGAGGGUGUUUGUCCUCGUCUGUGCCUUCCCUUCGGUGUUUGCCAUCGGCGCUCUGACCACACAGCCGGAGAGCCCCCGCUUCUUCCUGGAGAAUGGGAAGCACGAUGAGGCCUGGAUGGUGCUGAAGCAGGUUCAUGACACCAACAUGCGAGCCAAGGGGCAUCCUGAGCGUGUCUUCUCAGUAACCCACAUUAAGACGAUUCAUCAGGAGGAUGAGUUGAUUGAAAUCCAGUCAGACACGGGGACUUGGUACCAGCGCUGGGGGGUCCGGGCCUUGAGCCUGGGGGGCCAGGUUUGGGGGAAUUUCCUCUCCUGUUUCGGUCCAGAAUAUCGACGCAUCACUCUGAUGAUGAUGGGUGUGUGGUUUACCAUGUCAUUCAGCUACUAUGGCCUGACUGUCUGGUUUCCUGACAUGAUUCGCCAUCUCCAGGCGGUGGACUACGAAGCCCGCACCAAACUGUUCUCUGGGGAGCAUGUGGAGCAUGUGACCUUUAAUUUCACUCUGGAGAAUCAGAUCCACAGAGGGGGACAAUACUUCAAUGACAAGUUCAUUGGGCUACGUCUGAAGUCAGUGUCCUUUGAGGAUUCCCUAUUUGAGGAGUGUUAUUUCGAGGAUGUCACUUCGAGCAACACAUUUUUCCGCAACUGCACGUUCAUCAACACUGUGUUCUAUAACACUGACCUGUUUGAGUACAAGUUUGUGAACAGCCGUCUGGUGAACAGCACGUUCCUGCACAACAAGGAGGGCUGCCCACUGGAUGUGACAGGGACGGGGGAAGGCGCCUAUAUGGUGUACUUUGUCAGUUUCUUGGGGACGCUGGCUGUGCUUCCUGGGAACAUCGUGUCUGCGCUGCUCAUGGACAAGAUUGGCAGGCUCCGAAUGCUUGCUGGCUCCAGCGUGAUGUCCUGUGUCUCCUGCUUCUUCCUGUCGUUUGGGAACAGCGAGUCAGCCAUGAUCGCUCUGCUCUGCCUUUUUGGGGGGGUCAGCAUUGCAUCCUGGAACGCGCUGGACGUGUUGACUGUUGAACUCUACCCCUCGGACAAGAGGACCACAGCCUUCGGCUUCCUGAAUGCCCUCUGUAAGCUGGCGGCCGUGCUGGGGAUCAGCAUCUUCACAUCCUUUGUGGGAAUCACCAAGGCUGCCCCCAUCCUGUUUGCCUCAGCCGCGCUUGCCCUCGGGAGUUCUCUGGCCCUGAAGUUGCCUGAGACCCGGGGGCAGGUGCUGCAGUGAGCGCCGCAGGGCUUUUGAGGGCGGCAGGCACACUGUGAGACCUACGGCUCCUUCUCCCUCCCUGCCCUGCCCCCCUGGCCCGAGAAGCCUCAGUCCCCACUGCCCUGUGUUCCGUGUCUUAGCCGUGUGUGUGUGCGUGCGCGUGUGCAUGUGUGUGACCCGUGCGCGGGAACUACAGGGAAGGCUCUUGCGUCCCAGUUUCGGGAUGCAGCUCAACUCCCCACCUCCUACCCCCGUUGACUUUGCACAAGAGAGGGCUUGUCCCCACCCUUCUCCCCCGGUGUUAGUGAGGGGCCCUAGCUCUUCCUGGCUCUAGGGGGUCCAGAACAGGCCUCCCGCCCGCCCCCCGCAUCCCCUCUGCCUAGGCCCUGGUGAAACCGUGGGCAUGUGGUUCUGCUGGGGGCUGGGGCUCGGUGUAGGCUAUGGACCAAAAGAACUUCUUAGAGUUGGAAGGGCCUCAGGUGCCCUCUCACGCCUGCUGGACGCUGGGAAAGUAGCAAUAAACCUCAGCCCCCUGGCCUCCACUCCCCCCUCAAUUUGGGCUACAAGUAAGAAGCCUGAGUUUUAUGAAAUUAGCCUUCUGAUUCUUAUUUAUUUAGAGAUUAAGUUCUGAGGCAGCUCAGCAGGACGGUGUGUGUGAAUGCACGUGUAACACUGUGUGUGUAUGUGCCGUGGGGCGGGGUGUCGCUAUACUGUCCUGAGAUACAAGCCAAGGGUAAUCUCCAUGGACACACACACGCCCCUGCCUCCCGUGGUCCCUCCCCUAAUCUUGUUUCUGUGCCAGGCCUGGGAGGCGGGAGCCCCGGGCCAGGCUAGGAUGAGCCCCACAGCCUAGACAGACCUGAGGGCCCCUGACAAGGUCCAUGUCCUCCCCUCCUCUCAAGAAGCACAGGCCUCUAGAGUGAGAGGCUCCACCCACUAUAGCACAGACAGGGACGGCACAGCCACCCUCCCACCCCCAAGCUGUCCCCUCACAGGCAGGGUAGCAGGGGAGGGAAAGAAACCAGGCAUGUGGUCAAACCAGCAGAUCAAAAAGCACAAGGAGCUGGGGCAGGGGCAGAAAGCAGGGGCCCUCCCAGCAACUCCUCUGGAGUGGGAAGAGGUUGGGCAAUAAGCCAGGGACCCCUCAUGUGGGACCGAAGCCUCAGUUUCCCCAUCUCACCUUUCUACGUGAUAGCCCCUGUAGGUUAAGCUGCCCUCGCCUCACCCCAGUGUGGCUGCUUUCUUUGGUGCCCUCCUGCCCCCCCCCCCCACUGUAGCUGUGAUGUGUUGUAGUUUUUAGCUGUUUGUAAAACGUUAAAAAGUGAAAACACAAACAACAAAAAAAGAAAAUCCAAAUUCACCCUCUUCAUGUUGUGUCUGGUGCGCCCACCCUAUGGUCACUCCCCCCAUUUUGUAACACUGAAUCAGGUGGGGACUGUUGAACUCUGGUGUCUGUGCUCAAAGGCCCGCCUUCUCCAGUGCCCAGUGUAUGGGUGUGUACCCCCUUUCCUCACCCUUCAUUUGCUGGACGCAGCCUUCUCCCCUGUGCCCCCUGGAGGGACCCAUCCAUCUCUCCUGCUCUCCUGGGGAACCCCCCUAAACCCAACUCUGUUGAUGUGAAAAAUGAAAAGAAAAAUAUUGAUGAAAAAGAAAAAGAAAAUAAAUCCUUAAAA